GCGCAGGUGACGUUUUCUAACCCGGAAGUAGAGAUCAGUGAAUGAGGUAAACGCUUUCAGAUAUUAUACAGCAAAGCUACUCUGCAAUGAUGUCACUCCGAGCAUGUGGCUUUAUAAUAUUCCGCCGCCUGGCACAUCCUCCUUCCCCAAACAACAUCGAGUACCUUCUCCUGCAAACCUCAUAUGGAGAACACCACUGGACUCCACCCAAAGGUCAUGUUGAUCCUGGAGAGGACGACCUGACCACCGCGUGGAGAGAGACGCAGGAGGAGGCAGGUUUGGGUGAAGAGCAUCUGCGUGUGGUUGAUGGCUUUCUGCAGACAUUGCAUUAUCAAGUGCGGGGUAAGGAAAAGGAGGUCCUUUAUUGGCUGGCUGAGCUUCGUGACCCUGGGAUAAAGGUCAAACUGUCGGACGAGCACCAGGAUUACCGCUGGGCCAAGUUGGACGAGGCGUGCAGGCUUGCGAAGUACACAGAUCUACAAGACACUCUUAAAAACGUGCAGCACUUCUUGGAGAAAGAAAAGAAACAGUGACUGCUGACUCCACAUUGUUGCACUGAUGAGUUCAGCGUUCUCAGAAACUGUGUAUGUCCAAUAAUAAGUGUCCAAGUCAAGUCUGUUUUUAAUAUGCCCUGACAAUUAUGCACUCAAGUUGUGAAUAAUUUGUACUAUAGCCUUGAGGAAUAUUUAACGCCUUAAUAAUGUUAUGUAGUUUUACUUAAAGUCCAAAUACUAUAGGAAUCAAAUAAAAGUAAUUAAGUUGA